UCCUUUGAGCUAAUAAAGACAUUUUUGCUUGGAUCUCAGCAGAUAUGCCAGGGAUUUCAACCUCAAUAUCUCAGCACAAGCUCAGCACCGAUCCAUUGAAGAAACCAGUGGCCCAAAAGCGACGCUUCUUUGGGGGGAAGAGGCUUAAGGUCAUAAAGGAGGAGGUGAAGAAACUCCUGCAAACUUGUUUCAUUAGAAGGGUUAAUUAUUGUGAGUGGGUAACCAAUCCAGUGUUAGUCAAGAAAGCAAAUGUUGAGGCAGCUUCUAGAAACGAGACAUUAAGUCUUUUAGAUGCAUAUUCUGGUUAUCACCAAGUCCCAAUGACUCUUGAGGAUGAAGAGAAGACCUCGUUCUAUGCAGGUGAUGAAAUCUAUUGUUACGUCAUGAUACCCUUUGGCUUGAAGAAUACAGGUGCCACUUACCAAAAUAUGGUGACCAUCGUAUUCCGAGCUCAGAUAGGCAGGAAUCUGGAAGUUUACAUCAAUGACAUCGUGGUGAAGAGCCUAAAAGCCGAAGAUCAUUUAGCUGAUCUCGAUGAGACAUUCAACAACCUGAGAAAGAACAAAAUGCGAUUGAACCCAACGAAGUGCAUCUUUGGUGUGGAAUCUGAAAAUUUUCUAGGUUUCAUGGUAUCUAGGAGAGGGAUUGAGGUUAACCUAGAAAAGAUCAAAGCAAUAGCCGAGAUGAAACCACCGAGGUCAGUAAAGGAUGUACAGAGAUUAACAGGGAGAGUGGCAGCUCUUCAGAGAUUGAUCAAAUGGGCAGUCAAAUUAGGGGAAUUCAAGAUAACGUUUCAACAGAGGUCCACAAUCCGAACUCAAGCACUAGCAGAUUUUAUUAUAGAAUGCACCUCAAAUCACUCAAAUUAUAACCUCGAGCCGGAUAGUUGGAUUCUAUAUAUUGAUGGAGCAUCAAGUAACAAAGGCUCUGGAGCUGGCGUAAUCCUACUUGGCCCAGAUGGAUACCAAAGUGAGCAUGCUUUGAAAUUCAAUUUCGAUACAACUAAUAACAUGGCUAAAUACGAAGCUUUGCUACUUGGCUUGCAACCGGCAUUACAACUAAAAGUCACGACAAACCCAAUUGUCUCUUUCUCACAAGAUGGAUCAGUGCCUGGAGAUAAGCAAGAAGAGAUGAGGUUGAGGAAGAAAGCGUCUCGGUACACACUUGUUGAUGGAGUCCUCUAUAAGAGAUCUUUCUCACUUCCUCUUCUACGAUGCUUGAACCCUUAUAAAGCUAAAUACAUACUUUGGGAAGUACAUGAAGGCGUAUGUGGAAGUCAUGCUGGCACUAGAACCCUAGCUCAUAAAGUCCUUAGACAAGGAUAUUACUGGCCGAAUAUGUAUAAAGAUGCUACUCACUUUGUACAGAGAUAUAGGAUUCCGAAUCAGAUUGUGGUUGAUAAUGGCACUCAAUUUAAUUGCUCUUCAUUGAGAGAUUUCUGCUUCAGUUAUGGGAUCAAAUUACAAUUUACCUCAGUAUACCAUCCAAGGUCCAAUGGUAUGGUGGAAUCUAUCAACAAAGCUAUCCUAGAAGGAAUAAAGCCGAGAUUGAAGCAACACAAGGCCAAGUGGGCAGAUGAGCUCAACAACGUCCUUUGGGCAUAUAGAACUACGAGCCGAACUGCCACAGGAGUCCCAAGCUUCAGGGUCACCCAUUUUAAUGAAGGACGAAAUGGACAACUGCUUCAAGAGAACCUUGACCUGCUUGAUGAAGUCAGAGAGGAAGCACGACUUCGAACUUUGGUGUACAAGUAGAAAUUAGCCAACUUCUACAACAAAUGAGUUCACCCUCGAACAUUCAAAGUUGGUGAUCCAGUUUUGAGAAAAUGCCGACCUUACUGGGGUUUGAAACUCGUUUUGGCAAACUAGCACCGAACUAGGAAAGCCCUUACACUGUAGCUGAAGUGCCACACUCAGGUGCUUAUAUCCUUUAAGACACUGAAGGGAGAAGGAUUCCUAAGGUUUGGAAUGUCAACAACUUGAAGAAAUUUUACCCUUAAUCCACUUCUUUCAAUAAACUUUGUCUUAUUUU